UUCCUAUUGAGCCCGACCAGGUGGCUUAACACAGAAUGGUGUUCCUAAGAGUGGCAAGCACUUGACCAUCGACACUACAUGAGCCAAAAUGAUCUGAAGCUCACGUUUAUGCCAAAACACCGUGUGAAAGAAUAACAUAGUGGCGCUAAAUCACAUCUCUCACCUUUCCGUUCUGCGCCUUUCAAUCAUGCUUUUGGGUGGAGUCAGAACAGAAUUUGAUUUCUGCAACCACACUUCUAGUUUGGACAUCAUCAUGAUUGGCCAGCGGCUAGUUGUAACACUACCUAUCGCGUGUUUGGCAUUCCCUAAUAGCACGGGCUGUCUUCUUACUUACAGUAAAGUUUUUCCAAUGCCCAGAUCACACGUGAUUUUCCCUGUUUGAAUAUAUAUAUUCAUGGCCAUCACUACAUCUUUAAAUUCGUCUGCUUGCUUGAGGUAGUUUUAAUUGAAGCUUAAUACCAACUGCGGCCAUCUUAGGUUCUUGUGCAAUAGUGUUGAAUCUCAAUCUGUCAACACUUUCCAAGCACUCAACCUCUUUCUGCCGUCCGUACCCUAGAAAUGAUUCAAAAAGACGGGUACAUAGGAAGAAAUUUGUUCAAAUUCCGGUCGAACGACUUGAAUGCUCUCCACAAUUCAGAAACUGGCCUGUAUUCCCUGCACUUCACCUUCCUUCCUUCUUCUUCUAAACUUACUUCCCAAGAAAAAGUGGUCAAUACAUCCUCUCCAUACUCGAGUCUCGUUCCUUCAGCAAUAGCAAGCCUGCCAACAUCGGCGCGCUUGUCCAGAAUCCUCACCUUGACCCUUUCCCUUGCUGCAUCACUUUCAUUCAUCCAAUCACACAAGGAAAGAUUUUGAGAGAGCCUACGCUCGUUAAGUAUCGGUUGCCAUUGUUGUUCAGCCAUCACUUCUGUCUUUCUUUUGAACCGAAAAAAAAACCGCCAUCUUUGAGGAGAAUAUUUGUGACUCAGAAGAACCUCUCAACAGACCCUUCCGGAUAUUUGUUUCAAGAUGGUCACUUCUCCAGCUUCCAAUGGGGGGGAAGUAAAACCUCAUCACCACCGGAACGCGUCUCGCUCUCCUCCGCCGACACUUUCCCUGUACCAAUCCAACCUCGACACUAUGCGUCUUGCUCAUCGUAGUUUGAUCUCCCCUCCAUCAUUCCUGCACAAAGGCGCGACGUUGUCACCGCCCAUGCCAUACGAUUAUGAUUCGCAAGUACCAGAUUUGUCAGACAAAUACCCCCGACCAGGAUCGGCUGACGGCAUUCCCCUGGCCUGGGCUAACACUGCCAGUCCUACCUCACCGUUCUCCAACUCUCAAUCUACCAUUCUCAUUCCCACUGCCGGAACGGCUCCCGACUCUGGGUCUUCUGGAUUGGCGUCAGUUUCAAAUCCUUCAAUCGGCUUCGAAUAUUCCACUCCAGCCUCUACUUUCUCAUUCCCUUCGCCCGUUUUCUUUUCUGGUGAAAUUUCAUCCAUUCAACAACGGCAUCUUACCUCCGACCACCUGCCCUCCUGUCCUCCUGUUACACCUUCCCUAGAGUGCCACUUAUUACCGUCUGCCUCUUCUCAUGAUUCUCCCAAUCACUGGACCAAUCACAACCUUUCAAUUCACGCACUAUCAUCAGCGCAUCUGAGUUCAUCAAACUCCUCCCUUACUCAUUCCGAUCCCCUUCCUAGUGAUAGUAGCAGCCGAAGUUGGACGCCUGAUCAGACUGAGCAUAACCCACCUAUAGGACAAGCAGAGCUCAACAACACUUCUCACCAGUUCCCCCCCUUGGGUUCACCUGCCAACUUUGAGAAAUUGUCUCAACCAUUCUUCAGUCAACAGGGUCUAACCUCGCCCCCUAACUCGCGCCCCCCACGUCCCGAUAGCACACUGCGAGCAUUGGCACCUAGUCAGCGGGCCGCCAUCUAUCCAUCUGAUGCUUCCAGCGACGCCCAUUGUUCACCUCUGACGCCUCUUAGCAUGGAUCCUCCAAGUCUUAGGUUGAUGAGCACCUCUGCGAACUUCGGAAUCUCGCCUGCAUGGUUCGAACCAGAGAUAUUUUCUCCUUUAGAUGGCGCUCCUCACUCUGACUACGAAGGAAACGGCAAUCCUCACCUUUUGCUUCCCCCAAGAAACUCCCCACUAUCUGGCGACCCUCUCCGACAACCCUGUCACCUUUUGGACGCCAAAGGUCAUUCCGGACUCGGCAGUCCAAUCCAGGCCGGCCAACCUGGUAUACAAGCCAGGUUCAUGGCGGGAAAACGUCACGGAAGCACCAAAUCUAUUCCUGGUUCUUCUUGUCGCGUUCCAUUGGAGCCAAUCUCAAAGCCGAACGAGGCCCGGGCUCUGGGGUGCAACAAGAAAAAGAAACGCGAGGUCAGAGAAGUGGAGGCCUCUUGCGGUACUUGUGGCAAGCGAAUGGCUCGGCUCACUUUGAGGGGUAGUCCUGAAGAGCUUUAUGUUGCCGAUGGCUUUGACGUUAUCCACACUUGCAAGCCUUGCCAAGAAGGUAGACCAGGACGGGCCCAUACAAACCUCAGGAAUGAAUUAGGAUCAGCCCCUUUUUCCGAGCGGGCCAUCGUCAAAAUCGAACAAUGCCAGGAAGUGGAUAUCCGGCCCGACUCUAUCCCUCAGGGUGCAGUGACAACAUUCAGAAAACGCAAUCGACGGACCGACGAUGUGACGGCACCCACUACUUGCGACUGCUGCGCGCGGCAACUCGGAGUUGGCGGAAUUGUGCCCCGAAAUGGUCGAUCAGCCAUUCAAUUCGUGGUUGAGGUGGUGUGUGUUCAUUGCGUAAGCAACUUCAGGAGAUGUACAGACUGUGGCGGAGGAGGAGGAUCACGAUUGGGGGUCGGCAAAUGGAGAUGUAAAGAACUUUUCUCAGAUGGCCGUCGUACUUGUAUUCUAUCUCACCAAAGGCAAGGCGCCUCCACCGAAGUAAUUACAACAGUAUGGAAAGUGAGGCAGCUCACGGAGAAGCCGGAGUUAGAUACACUUGUUGGGCAAUUGAGAGAACUGGUCAAACAUUCUUUGUACGCUGCUCUAGCAACCCCAGAAAUCUUAGAAUCGGGCUUGGCGCGAGUCAGCAAAUUUGAUGAUAUCAAAACCAUGUACGCGAAUGGAUGGAAACAAAUACAGCCGCUUAUCCACGAAGAUGUCGAGACUUCAACAGGAAAGAGAAGAUAUGUGGGGUUGAGAUGGACAAAGCCACAUCCUCGCAAAGGCCCUAAGCGCGGGGCAAACAACACAUGCGAUCAGGUUUCCCCAUCAGUCAGAGAGGGCGAACUGCUAUUAGAGCCAGGUAAAGAGCUAUCUGGAUUCGUACUUUCUGAAUGGGAUAUGCACAGAGGAACGUUUUUUGUCUCAGUGGCGAUGCCCUGGCAAAGUGGGGACGCGUUAGAAUCAACCGCGGGACUGGCACACAAGAGCCUUAUCGAAGCAAAGGCCGAAAGGGAGCAAUUAGUCGACGACCUGGUCAACCGAGGCAUGAACCGCCGCGAAGCUAAUCUCCGCUACCCACCCAUCCGCCACCUUUGGACGAUAUUGUUUUUUCAUCGGGAAACCCGCCUGGUUCAAUUCCUUGAAAAAAGAAGAAAGUUCAUGCCCUUGGAGGACUACUUAUCGCAAUACCCGGACGCGCAAAGAGAUAUGUUCCCUCCCGAAAGAGAUUGUUACGUCCCACGUGAUGAACAGUUGGGUUGGAAUGUAUGGGUCCGAAGAGAACAUGGGACUCCUCCGAAAACUCCGCAAUGACGUCUCGAAAGGUCUCGCCCAUCAUGCCAGUUGCGAAUCAUGUUUUCCUGAACCUGGAAUGAGUCUUGAUUGUGCUUGUAAACUUAGUUUGUCUUGAUUUUUUGUUGUUGAACUCAGUCGACGAAUAUCACAUCUUCUCCACAAUGACAAAAAAUCGCGUUUUCAAACCUACCGUUUUCCCAAAUUUUGUUCCUGUCUGUUGCUUUGUCCGUUUCUGGUUUGCUUGCUUUGGGAUUAUAUGGUUAUUUGUUGGCCUCCUGAUGGAACAUAUUUUCAUCAGAAUAUCAUUAAUAAGAAUUAAUUUGGGUAUUUUAAUAACACGAUGGUUUGGUAGAAAGAACAAAACUUUCACCCCUCCAGUAACACAUUCUUAACAAAGUAUGUAGCAUUGAUACCUGUCACUGCUAGUUCACAUCAAUCUUUUAAAUUGAGGGCACAAAGUCACAAUCCCUUCUAUCCAUUCCCACGGAACAAACAGAUUGUCAAACA